ACGUGGUCAAUAUUGUUGCACAAAUGGCGCUGACAAUCCAAAUUGUGAGAUUCCAACUCCUGCUCCACAACGUUUCGAACCAGCACCAUUGCCAGUCAGACCAGCACCGUUGCCAGUCAGACCAGCACCAUUACCGGCGCAACCAGUAGCUGUGCAGCCUGAAAGAGAACAACCAGAAUCAUAUGAAAUUGUGACACCACCACCAUUACCGUCAUUUGUUCCACUUCCAUCAUUCCCAAAAGUUAUUCCAGUUAAACCAAGUGUGCAAAUUGUUGCUUCAACCCCAGCACCAUUCCGCCCAAGAAUUCAAACUCCACCACAACCACAGCCAAUCAUUCAAGCAAGAAACUUUGAAGUUACAACGAAUAAAAAUGAAUAUUUGCCACCACUUGAUAUUCGAAUGGAAGACGACGAGUGGAUGCAAUGGAAGAAACAAUACAAUAAACGUUAUGCAACUCAAACUGAAGAUGACAAACGUCGAUUGAUCUUUGAAGACAAUGUUAAGAGAAUCAACUCACAUAAUGACGAUUUCCAAGCCGGACGAUCAACUUUUGAAUUAACCAAAAAUAAAUACUGUGAUUUGACACAAGGAGAAUUUGUGAACAUUCAUACAGGAAUCAGAGGAAAGAAGAGAAGUUCAUCUCGAGGUGGAUUCAGUGGCUAUAAUUAUGAUGCGCCAGCAAUUGGAUUUAAUAGUGAAGGCAGAAGUGCUGGAGGUUUCGGUGGAAGCAGCGGUGGUAGCAUUCAAGUCAGUGGAAGCUCCACUGGCGGUGGAAGCUUUGGAGCUAGUGCAGGUAUUUCAAGUGGCGAUGGAGGCUUCAGUGGCUUCAGUAGCAUUGGAAACUUCGGCAGUAAUGGCGGUGGUGGUGGAAGUAGCAGCAGCAGAUUUGGACCACCAAGUGGUAACAACAUCUUUAUGCCAUCGCCAAUGUUAGAAUCCCAAGUUGAAGAUGAAGUUGAUUGGCGUAAGAAGGGUGCAGUGACUCCAGUAAAGAAUCAAGGCAAAUGUGCAAGUUGUUGGGCAUUUGCAGCAAACGGUGCACUUGAAGCACAAAACUUCCUGAAAACGAAUAAACUCGUUUCACUGUCAGAACAGAACUUGGUUGAUUGCGUUAAAGAUAAUGAUGGCUGCGAUGGAGGUUACAUGACUAAUGCUUAUGAGUAUGUGAGAUCUAAUCGUGGUGUCGAUACUGAGCCAUCAUAUCCUUAUGAAGAGAAACAAUCAACUUGUCGCUUUGAUCCAGCUAAUGUUGGUGGCGAGUGCAUUGCCUUCAUGGAGAUUCAACCUGGAAAUGAAAAAGCUUUACAACAAGCUGUUGCAACUGUAGGUCCAGUAGCUGCUGGUAUUGACGGUGGUCAACAUUCUUUCCAAUUCUACAAAUCCGGCUUCUAUUAUGAACCGAAAUGUGACACUGAUGUGAAUCAUGCCGUCACAAUCGUUGGGUAUGGAAAAACCCCAGCAGGCGAGGAAUAUUGGCUUUGUAAGAACAGUUGGGACACCGAUUGGGGUGAAGAAGGAUACGUUCGAAUGGCUAGAAACAAGAACAAUCAUUGUGGAAUCACAGAAUUGGCAAGCUAUCCACUUGUGUAAAACUUCCUCAACUUUUCAUUUUCAAUAUCGUGAAUGUGGAAUUUUUAAAAAGA